GGGAGGGAGUGCAGAGGUGUGGGCUUCUCCGCCAGGUUCGUCACUGGGUUGGGUCAACCAUCCCGCAAUUCCUUGGUUUUCGUGGAAAGCGCGCAGUGGGUGAUUGACGCGUUGAUCGAUGGAUUCGUGAGGUGGGUCUGAGAAUCGGAGGGUGCAAUUGGGGCCAUGUCCAGCAGCCGGUCGUCUCCGUGUGGAGAUCACGGAUCGGUUGUUGUAGUAGCAAGGUUGGGGUGUAAGGUGAGGGAGAGGGAUAGAGGGUGAGUAGCGCCGACCAUCUUUGACAUCCGUUACUCUAUCGCCAUGGCUAAUUUGGAUAAUUAGAGAGAAAAAUCGAAGAAAAAGAAGAAGAAGCAGUGAGGUUAAGAGGAUCGGUGCUCUAGCAAGCAUUCCGCACAGCAGAACGAGUUUCGAGUAAAGUGGUUGAUUUUUGAGUGUUUUGAGUGUGUGAUUAUAGACACUGGGUUUUGAUUCCGCGUGGAGCUUUGAUGUGCAGUGAGUCCUGUGCUUGCUAAAGUGUGUUUCAUCGCUUGUGGAAGUUCUAUCUUUGGUUCUUGCAGUUGAGGGUCGGAGUUGAUCAAUUGGACGCUGCCCUUAGUGGAGUUGAUCUCUGCCAGGGUCACCUAUUUACGGUGUUGCGAACAAGUUUAGCAGUGAAUUUUGCUCUCGUAUCGUUGUUUUGGGGCUCUAGACUAGUUUUAGACUGGUUAAGACUGUUGUGAGCUAGACCGUUUUGGUAGCGUCAAGAUCGUUUUUGUUUUUUGAACACAAGAAGGAUCCAAGAUGGGGUGGUUUGACAAAUGGUUGGGUGCCGAACCUGGGUCAAGUUAUCGUUACGAUCAAGGAUUUGAAUAUCCUAGACCGGAGUACAUGCCACGACAGAGUUCUGGAGGUUGGCACGGCCCCAAUAUUUUUGAUGAUGCAAGACCAAUUGGUGUAGGGAGCUCUUAUUCCAACGAUCGGCAUGGUUAUGAUAGGCAUCAUGAAUUGAGACCGCCUAAAUAUGACAGGCCUUCGUAUGAACGUGGCGAACCCUCUUCAGAAGAGACUGACAGAGCUAUCGCUAUUGCUCUGUCUGAAGAUGAAUACCAAAGUGCUAAAAGAGGCGGACGGCCUGUAAACAACUUGGAUGAAGACGAGCAACUGGCAAGAGCUAUGCAGGAGAGCUUGAAUUUCGGGCACCGCGACCCUUACGCUUAUUCUUCCUCUUACGCCCCUCCUCCAUCUAGAUCGAGUGGUAUGAAUGUUUGUGCCGGAUGUGGUGAAUCACUAGGUUUUGGGCGCUUCUUAAGUUGCUUGGGCAAAAACUGGCACCCAAAUUGCUUUUGUUGCAAAAAAUGCAAUAAUGCAAUAGCAGAACGCGAGUUCUCAGUUCAGGGAAAUGAAGCUUAUCAUCGGGAAUGUUACAAGGAAAUUUUCCAUCCCAAGUGUGAGGUUUGCAACCAUUUUAUCCCAACAAAUCCAGCUGGACUUAUAGAAUACCGAUCACAUCCAUUCUGGAAUCAAAAGUACUGUCCAAGACAUGAGAGAGAUGGCACACCUCGUUGCUGUAGUUGUGAUCGUAUCGAGACUGGGGAGCCAGGGACAUACAUUUCAUUGGCUCAAAUAACUGGAGCUCAAGGAUCACUGGCGGAUGAUCGUAAGGUCUGUCUAGAAUGUUACGAUACAAUAGUGGUGGAUAACCAGGCCUGCCAACCCUUGUACCGAGAAAUUCUGAAGUAUUACAGGAGCAUCAAUAUGCCGAUCGCGCAGGAGAUUCCUAUGCUUUUGGUUGCACGAAGCGCACUCAAUGCAGCACGGGACGGCGAGAAAGAUGGACACACUCAUAAUGCGGAAACACGAGGGUUAUGUCUUUCUGAGGAACAAACAAUAACCACGGUAUAUGGGGGAGGAAAAUCGAGAAACCCAAUGAGAUAUUUGCGGACUGAAAAGCAGAAACUAACUCGUCAUUGUGAGGUCACUGCCAUACUUGUUCUGUAUGGACUUCCUAGACUGCUCACAGGGUCUAUCUUGGCUCACGAACUUAUGCAUGCUUGGAUUCGUCUGCAAGGAAAUUUUCGCCCCAUGGCCCCUCAUGUUGAGGAGGGUAUCUGCCAAGUCAUGUCGCACAUAUGGUUGACAGCUGAACUUAAAAAAUUGAAAGGUGCUAGAUCAUCUUCUAACAGUUCAGCUGCUAUUGAAGCCCGGCUUGGUGAAUUCUAUUUACACCAAAUAUCCUCUGACUCAUCGCCUGUUUAUGGGGAUGGAUUCCGGCACGGGAUGGCCGCUGUACAGCAAUUUGGGCUUGAGCGCGUGCUUGAUCAUCUCCGUCUAACUGGUAACUUCCCUUUAUAGCAAAAUAGACCUUCCUUGAAUUAUUAAUUGCAGAUUUUCAUUCUGAAUUCCUCCUACUUGGAGAUUAUAUGGGUGACGAAUCUUUAGUUAUUGUAAUAUAUUUCAGAGGCAGUGCAUAGUGCCGAAAAAAUUGUGCGAAUUUCGUAGUUGUGGGAACAUUUUUUGCGUCCCCGCAGAGCUGCAAUAACAUAGUAGGACGUAAAGAUGGAAUUGAGCAUGACGACUGGAGACUUGUUAAUUCGAUUGUUCAGUGAACGAUAUUCGAUAUUGAGAUCUAGUAUUUAUCACUUUCUUGUCACAGAUGUAACCUAUUACCAUUUUGUAAUAUUGAACUCCAUUAAAUUCUUUUUUAGGCUU